UGGAGAUUUUAGUUUCUUCGAGAUCGAUCACUAACCUAUCAUCACAUCUGUCCAAUUAAAGAGGAGAAGAAACAAAUCUUGGAGGCAAGUAUAAAGAGCCUCACAAGCCAGAAAGUCACAACACUACAAGAAAAAUCAAACCAAAUUAAAAGUACUCAUAGAUAUCAAAUUCCAAUGGAUUGUGUUCCUUCAUUGUUUAUGCCUGAUUCAACCUACGAAGAUGGAUUACUAUUUUCUGAUUCUUUUCUUCUUUCUCCGUUUAUAUCAUACCAAAACAAUGAUGUUUUCCAUUCGAUCACAAACAAAAUUGGUGGAAGCAAUAAGAAACGAAGUUUGUGUGAUAUAACAUAUGGUGCGAAUGAAGCCAACAAAAAUGAUGAUGAUCGAGAGAGCAAGAAGAUGAAACAUAGAGACAUUGAAAGGCAAAGAAGACAAGAAGUUUCAUCUCUUUUCAAAAGACUAAGAACUCUCUUGCCAUUUCAAUAUAUCCAGGGUAAACGCUCGACAUCAGAUCACAUCGUGCAGGCAGUGAACUACAUCAAAGACUUACAAAUCAAAAUCAAAGAACUCAACGAAAAGAGAAAUCGGGUAAAAAAAGUCAUAUCGGCCACAACUACUACUCAUUCAGCUAUAGAGGAAUGCACCAGUAGUUUAUCAUCAUCAGCAGCAUCAACACUAUCAUCAAGCUGCUCAUGUGUAGGAGACAAACACAUUACUGUUGUGGUCACACCUUGUUUAGUUGGUGUUGAGAUCAUCAUAAGUUGUUGUCUCGGACGAAACAAGUCUUGUCUCUCGAGUGUUCUUCAAAUGUUAGCUCAAGAACAAAGGUUCAGUGUAGUUAGUUGCCUCUCAGCUAGACGGCAACAGAGAUUCAUGCACACCAUUGUUUCGCAGGUAAAAUUGUUACUAAAAAUAUAAAGAGAAAAGGUUACAAGAAUUUACAAACUUUUGGGUCUAUCAUAGUUGCUAAUAUCAGUUUUUAGUUCACAUACCAUUUUAUUUGCUAAUUUCUAUACAAAUUAUAAUCUGUUUGUAAACUACUUUUGUGGUUAUCAAAAAUACAAUGAAUAUACUUACCUGAAAUUAGAAUUAGAUAAAUAAAUUACUAAUUUUCUAAAAAAAAGUUUUAGUGUUUGAUCUUUUCUUGCCUUAAUUUUCUAAAAACAAAAUUGACACUAAUCAUCAUUUCAUUUCAAAUUUUCAGGUGGAGGAUGGCAAACAGAUCAAUAUUUUGGAGCUUAAGGAUAAAAUAAUGACUAUGUAGCCCCAUGUACAAGAAGAAAAUUAGUUACUAUGACAAAUGAAAAUAUUACGUGGUUUGAAAUUGGAAUUUUACUGAAUUUCAAUGUAUGCAUUAUUUGAGUUGUUAGAUACUAAGAUCAUGCUAUUUUAGUGUAUCGGCUUACUUCUGAGUGCUUAGAUUAAUGUUACAAACUAAUGCUUGUUUUUCAUUUUUUUUUUUGUAAAAUAAAGUUUGUUUUUCUUGGCAUUCUAAUUAUGAUAUACUUCAUUUUAAUUACUAUUAUUAAAUAGAAAAUAUAUGAUCGUUA